GUCACCUUCUCGCGUCACUUUAAUAUGUCGUAAUAAAAUAAAUAAAAAUAUGUGAAUGAGAGUGUGACAGACGAGAGUGCACAAACGUAUUUGUUCAAGUAUGCAAGUCAGAAAUUGUCUACUUUAGAAAUGUUAAAAGUGGGGGAGGGACGUAGGUGUACAUAUAUUUAUGUACCAGUGCCUCCACCCCCUUCCUUGCGUUUGAUCGCUGAAGUCCCAGACAGUCACAAGAGCUUGGAGCAAAGUCAAGACAUUUUUUAGCUACAAUGUGACAAAUAUCCCUGCCAACUUUCUGCACUAGUUUCUCUUCACUGAGUUGUGUUCAAAACCCCCAACGGCAUGGCGAUGUUGCUCCUCUUCUUAUCGCUGGUCCUUUGCACUAAGGAGGCCGCCUUCGGCUUCUCGGUGGCCGGUCAGCAGCAACAGGAGAACACCUGUGAGGCCAACGGCAGCAUCUACUACGUGGGGGAGUGGUACUUCCUGGACUCGGACCAGUGCACCCAGUGCGAGUGCACCCCCGAGGGCUCAGCGUGUGCCCGCACCGACUGCACCUCACUGCCGGCGGCGUGCAUCCAUGUGAGCCACUACCCCACCGACUGCUGCCCCCGCUGCGAGAGGAUCGGCUGCGAGUACCGGGGGGUGGUCUACGAGCUGGGGGAGAACUUUCGGGAGCACUUUAAACAUCAGACCACAUCAAAUAACAAAAUAAGGUUUUACAAGCUACAGGUUUGGCAUCAUGGCCUACUGAAUGCGAGCAGUGCACGUGUGACAGUGAUGGCAUCGCCCGGUGUUUGGUUGCAGACUGUGCCCCUCCCUCCUGUGUCAACCCUGUGUACCAGCCAGGAAAGUGCUGCCCUGAGUGCAAGGAGGGUCCAAACUGCUACGUGGACUCAUCUCACAGCCAGGUGAUUCCUGCCGGGGAGCCCGUCUGGGUGGACUCCUGCACCAAGUGUCGUUGCCAUGACGGCCAGGAUGCCGGCUACUGGGAGGGAAACCGUUUGGCCACCUGCACCCGCCUGAAAAACUGCACUCCUGAAACACAAAACUGAUUGUGGUGUCUGCAGAGGAGCAGCUGGGGUGUUUGUUACAUGACGCAGUCCUUCCUGUUGGAUCCGCCCCACACCAUCCAUCUUCACUAAUAAGCUCAGUGCACCAGAAUCCAUGUGUUAUUAACAUUUUGGGCGAUAGAACAUGAACACAAGACAAAGACGCUAUUUUGCUACUGCUCAAUGUAGCAUCCACUGACUUCAACGAUUUGAUACCCCAUGGAGGCCCAAAAACUAUAGAUAAGAUGUAAUUGACCUGUCCCAGGCUUAUGCAGCACAGCUCUGAUGCAAUUUAGAUUAGCAAAUUGUUUAGCAAAGCAAUAAAGCCAUCUUUAUGGCGAUUCAUGUUUUUGUGCUUUUGUAGGUGUUGCAUGUACAAUGAAAAACUCAAUCGGGACUCGUUUCAGUCAUGAUCGGAAGUCUGUAGAAGUAAGUUUGUGCAACAAAUUGAUAAAAGCAUAGACAUGAAUGAUUCCUUUGAUAGAAUGUGUGCAAAAUGAUAUUUUUUUGUAAUAUGUCAUACUGGAUGUGUUGUCAAAUAUAUUAUAUUUUGAAAGCACACAAUAUCUAAACUAAAUGUCUUUGUAGCUUCUAAUUUGGGUUUUGUGCACCGUGUACAUUUUUUUUUCAUUAAAGAUGUUAACAAAGGUGGGGAAAAAAUAGCAGAAAUUUACUGAGAAAAUAAGGAACUUAAAAAAAAUAAUGUUAACAAAAGCAGGAAAAAAUACUAGAAAUUUAAAAAAAUAGAAAAAAUAAUAGAAAUAAAAAAAACACACGUUAAAAAAACAUGUUAAAAGUCACACAAAAAUCACUAUAAAUUAAUGCACAUAAUAAUCAAACUUGAUAGUUUUGGUCAAUUCUGGAUAAAGCACAAAAAAAGACUUAACAUCAAAACAAUCUUUAACCAGCAGAUUUAUUGAUUGUAUAGAAAAAUUAGUUUUGAUAUGACAUAAUGCAUUCGAUAUAAGAUACAAUUUUUAACAUUCAAUGUACAAAAGAACUUGGAUUUACAGUAUAUUGAUGUUCUUUUUGAUGUUCUUUGUUUAUAAACAAAGACCACACAGGCAAGAAAGCCCGCCCACUGUGCGCACGGGCAGGAAGUGUGUAUCCUGUAUGGAGGAAGUAAACACCGGAUGUGUGCUUGACGACCGUGGCUUCAACAACAGCGCCCUCCAUUUUGGAGUCCAUUAGGAGACAUCAAGCACUGUUCACGGCGUCUCCUCACUUCAAGGAGAUAAGUACAGUUCCUGUGUAAAGUACACACCGGGGGCUGUGUUUCUAUUCUAAACUCUAAACAUGUCAGACCUUUUUGAUGAAAUUAGGCCUGACUGUGAUAUGCGGUAAGCUUGAUGAGGCAGGCUUUAGUACGAUUUUGUACAAAAUGCGUGGCAAUUUUGUAGACGGCACAAUAUUUUUGUUUCAUGAAUAGUCAUGAAAUAAUGAAACUGUACUCCUAAUAACCCAACAUGUUGUGAGUUUAUGGCAGAUGUGUCUGACACAUCCAUUUGUUUUUGGUUGUUUUGGGUCAGUAAUUUACAAAAUAUACCCUUUUGUACAAUUUCCCACUAAAUUCCUGUGAGACAAUGUUGAUUGAUGAAGCAUUGAAUGAAUAAAAAGGCAAAAAAAAAAUAUGUAUUGGACAUUAAGGGCAUCGUCGCUGGACAGGAAUUUGGAUUUGUCACAUAAUGAAAAAACAUAAUUAACUUUUUUGCAAAAGCCUUGCAAGUCCACUUUAUGAUGAUUUAAAGAGUGAUUUAACAUAACAAGGGUCCGGUGUUCUCCCGUCUGUGCUGUUAAAAACAUCUAAAGCAAACGACGAAACAUUUUGAACAAGUAUUUCCAUUGGCCUCCAGA